CCUGGGUUAAACAUCCCUAGUUUCUUCAGACAACUUUUUGGUUGAGGGCUAGAUUCCAGCAGCUUCCUGGCUUCAGGCCAGAGUGGAGGAAAGCCAGGAUGAGCCUUGCCAGGUCUGAGUCUCGGACUUGACAGAGGAGUCUCACCCCAGUCUCUGCUCUACCAGAAACAGCAGUAUGGGGUGAGCCAGACUUCCAAACCAUUUUCUCUUUUUGCUUCCUGCUGUCUUUCUGUACUUCCUCCUUUGACAGACUCCUCCCAAUCUGAGCCCUCUCUGACAGCCAACCACCUGGGUCUCCCAGUGGAGGAGCCCUCGCUGGCCAAUCACAGGGCAAUAGGAACCCUUGCCAAGGACUUCCUCCUCCAGGCCCCGGGGUGCCCCAGACAGGAGGGGAGCUCUCUCUCCCGCUCCCCGCUAGUGCCUGGCCUCUGGCUUCCAAAGCCAUGAAAGAGACAGACCCAGGAGCCCCCGAGCAGGAGGCAUUGGAGCUCUUCCAAGACUACAUCACUUACUACCGGGCAGGAGGCCGGGAUGGACGGCUGUGGGCCUGCAGGCAGCCAGCUGUCACCCAGAAAGCCAGGCAGCUCUUGGCCUCAGGGGCCAGGCAACCCCGAGGACUCAGCUUAUAUGAGGAGGCAGUCACUGGUGGCUCUUCCCAGGGGCUUCUGGGGCAGGGAGAGGAUGUAUGUCCAAGGCUGGUGCCAGCACUGGAAUUCCUGGAGCUCGUAUGUGUCAACCUCUUUCUCCUCCCCUGGAGGAGAGAAAUAAAGUCCCUGAAGACAUUUACAGGUAAUUUUGUCUACUCCGUUCGGUCUGUGCUUCCAGAAAACAUUGUGGAAAUGAUCCUGAAGAAAAUAGGUUAUGUUGCCUUAACAGCCACAGAAUUUUCACUUGUCAGAAAAAUAAACGAGGAGGAAGCAAUGCAGACAGCAUUUGAAAUCUUCCUCACUAGAGUUGAAUGUGAAACCAUCCUUGAAAUGUCUUCUGACUCAGGUUAUAGGGAGGAAGCGGGCGCCCUUCUACAAAGUGCCCAGCCAUCUGGGCUUCCAAAAUGCAGGAAAGACAUGGAGAAUCAUCCCAGCAAAGUCAUGGAGAAUCAUCCCAGCAAAGACAUGGAGAAUCAUCCCGACCAGGUAUCCAAGUUCCCAAGCAAGAGAGAGAAAGACAAUUUGCUUUCCAACCUGAGGAAUGCACAGAAACCAGUAGACAAAGACAAAUCUGAAAGCCUUUUGAAUGAGGAAACAGAGGAUGGUUGUCAUUUGAAAUCUGAUCUAAGUCUGCCCAGGGGCCCAUCUCCUACAGAUGUCCUCCCCCAUGACCAGGAAGUAGUCCAAGAUAUUAGCAAGUGUUCAGAGAGUGAUGAGUUCUUGAACCGCUACAGGGACAUCUUCAUUGGCCAGACACCCAUUUUCCCCAAGAACCUCCCUCCAAGCAGCCAGAGGAAGCCCCAGGCCCAAGGUGGCUGUGCUGACCAAGGCAUCUUGGUCUCCAGCAAGGCUGCUGUGUCCAGAGUCACCUCCAUUCUGCCUCCUGUGGCAUCCAGUGGUCCCCCCGCUCUAACAGUUUUUACAGAUCCAACAUCCGAUGACAGCAGUAAGGUCCCUGGCCCACAGGUAAGACCUAAGCCAGCAGAGGUGGCAAGCUUUGGCACUGCCACUAGGCCCACCCUUCCAGACACAAGUCCGGAGCCCCACCCUACCAACGUGACCCUUUGCAACAAUGCUCCCUGGGAAGAUGACUGGUCCAGUGAGGAUGAUCUGGAUGACCUCUCCUCCUCCUUUAGCAGGCUCCAAAUUAAAGCUCACAGUACCGAAAGUCUUGAAUAUUCUAUUGAAGAGAACUUGAAGGUCACUAACAGUCAGGCUACUGGAAGCCCCAACCAUUCUGAGGGACGGCACAAAUGCCUUGAUGUAACUAGCACAAUACAUCCCACCAUUCAGCCAGCCUCAGAAUUAGGGUGUGGACUGUGGGAAAGCGGCUGUUCUGAGAGCAGGAGGCAGCAGCUUCAGAGAGCUACACCAUCCUUCCGCCAAGUCCAGGAGCCUCCAAACAUUACCUACAUUCCUCCCAGAAGUCUAGAGGUGUUUCCACCAGAUACUACCAUUUGCACACACCGUCAGGACAAUUGUCGAUGAUUUUGUGUCUGUCAGGAGGAGAAACCGCCAUUCUCAGAAACACGGGCUAGGCAAAGCAUUUCUAUCUCCUGCUUGAUUUUCUGAAUAUAGGCAACGUCAAAGGCUCUAGGCUGAGGAAGACAGAAGUAAGGAAUGUAGAAACAACACGUCCUUCCUGUUUCCCAUUCAGGUUCUGUCACAAGGCCAUCCAAUCUUAUUCCUGCAAUAGUAUGAAGGACUCCAUCAUUGCAGGAGACGAGAGAGCAGCAAUCUGGAAAGUACAAAGGAUGUGGAAUUUGGACUCAAAAUACCUGAGUUCCAAUCUCAGCCCUACCAUCCACUGUGAUCUGAGACAAAGCACAUCCCAUCUCUGAACCAUGUUCCUCAGCAACAUGCAAAAUAAGUAUGCUAGACUAAGGCCCAUUUCAAUUCCAAUGUUUUUAUAUUUUAAUAUUCUGUGUUCUAAGAUCUAAGUUGACAUUCUAUGCUCUAAGACCACUUUCAGCUGACAUUCUAUGUUCUAAGAUCUCUUCCAACUGAGAUUCUAUGUUGUCAUUCUAUGUUCUAAGAUCUCUCCUAGUUCUGAUUUUCUAUGUUCUAAGGCUUUUCCAGCUGACAUUCUAUAUUGAUGUUCUGUGUUCUAAAAUCUCUUCCAGUUGACAUUCUGUGUUCUAAGAGCUCUUUCAGCUGACAUUCCAUUUUCUAAGAUCUCUUCCAACUAAGAUUCUGUGUUGUCAUUCUAUGUUCUAAGAUCUCUUCUAGUUCUGAUUUUCUAUGUUCUAAGGCCCAUUCAAGUUAGGACAUUCUAUAUUCCAAAGUCCUUUCUAGUUGGGUAGGAAGGAGAGUUACACAGAUUAGAGAUUUUCCAAAGAGAAGCCAGACAAGUUUCACUACCACAAGCACAAAGAUGGUGGGUUAUCACAGAGAGACCUAGGAGACUUACUUGGAAAAUGUUACUUAGAAAAAUCAUGGAAAACUUAACUGUCAUGAACUAGCCAAGUAAACAUGAAAAGAUCUUGA